UCUCGUAGUAGGGGAGCUAUUUUCCUUUGUAUGGUGUGUGUGUGUGUUGCAGAGACCCCAGAGAAACCCUAGAGGAAUAUGGUGAAGCUAACGGCUGACUUGAUCUGGAAAAGCCCUCACUUUUUCAAUGCCGUCAAGGAGCGUGAAUUGGAUCUCCGAGGUAACAAGAUUUCCGUAAUCGAGAACCUGGGUGCUACUGAGGACCAAUUCGAUACAAUCGAUUUGUCAGAUAACGAGAUAGUUAAGUUAGAGAACUUCCCCUACCUCAAUCGCUUGGGAACUUUGCUCAUAAAUAAUAACCGGAUCACCCGAAUAAAUCCCAACAUUGGAGAAUUCCUACCAAAGCUACACUCCUUGAUUCUUACAAACAACAGGCUUGUGAACUUGGUCGAAAUUGAUCCGCUUUCAUCCAUUCCAAAGUUGCAGUACCUUAGUUUACUGGAUAGUAACAUCACCAAAAAGCCAAAUUACCGCCUUUAUGUGAUUCACAAGCUAAAAUCACUUCGAGGAGGAGGAAGAAGCAGAGGAAAUGAAAGGGCUGAAGCAGCAAAUUUGUUUGCAACUAAAGAAGCUGAAGAGGAGGUGAAGAAGGUAGCUGCAAGAACCAUUACUCAGGAGGAGGUUCAGAAUGUGUCUGAUACUUCAGAAAAACAAGAGGGUCCAAAAGUUGUUGCCCCUACACCGGAGCAAAUCAUAGCUAUCAAGGCUGCAAUUGUUAACUCCCAGACGCUAGAAGAAGUUGCAAGACUUGAACAGGCUUUGAAGUCUGGUCAGCUUCCCGCAGAUCUGUUAAUUCCGGAUGAUAACCCUAAUUCGAUAAAAGGCACAGAAAAUGAAAAGCCCACUUCUGGUGAUCAAAGCAUGCCUGAUGCCCCAAAUGGGCAAAAAGAGAACGACGGGUCUGCUUUGAUGGAGGAAUAGAAAGCGUGGAUGUUGCUCCUCGAAAAAUCAGGGUUUACAACUGGCUCUGACAGCCUUUGUGGUUGCUGCGGUAAGAGAUUUUCUGUCACUUCUGUAGGAAGUUAGGAACAAUUUUUUUGGCUAUAGAGCAGAACCUGCAAACUGUUUUAAUGGAGUUUUUUCACCUUCACCUUCACGGUCGUGAUAUAAAUUUAAUAUGUGGGUUCAUAUCAAUGGAUGUGAAGAAGAAGAAGAACUGUUAGGUUUCAAUGUCUUGUCUACUUGUCUCUUAAAAGUGGCUGUUUUUAAAAUUAGGCGAUCACGACUUGAACGAGAGACAUUCGCAUGUUGUUUUUCCUGUCUUGUUGAAUUCAACAUAUAUGGAUUUUUUGCAAUAUAAAUUUGAUACGUCCCAA